AGCAGAGCUCAUUCCAUGCUGUUUGCAGCUCUCCUUGCUAUCGAGUAUUUUCUGCAGGUCAGUGCCGAAUGUUGGCCAUUUGAUGCAUUAUUGCAUUUUACAGUAUUGAACCUCAGUUUAGUGUGAAAUGAGCGGUAUGCCCGGAACCAACGUGAUCCAAAUAACUAAUUUGUCGGCGGCGGUAAGCAGCGAUCAGAUGAGAACUCUAUUCGGCUUCCUUGGGGACAUCGAUGAGCUGCGACUCUACCCGCCUGACAAUGCACCCCUUUCCUUCUCAUCAAAAGUUUGUUACAUAAAGUAUCGGGAGCCUUCGAGUGUUGGUGUGGCACAACAUUUAACCAACACUGUUUUUAUUGACAGAGCUUUGAUUGUUGUGCCCUGCGCUGAAGUGAAGGCGGGUGGAGUGACACCAGCUCUCUUGUUUAUCAGUUGAGCUGGAGGAUGUGGAAAUGAUGGAGAUGACUAGAGUGACCCAGGCUACACUACUACACUAGCCUGACUCAAGGCUUUGUUUUCCAAGCCACUAUACCCGCCGGGGCCCACGCUGCCUUCAAAGGGGGAAUGUGACCAGGAGCAUAGCCGCUGAACCUUCCGAGAUGGACACCUUGUCUCUUUUUAUUUUCUUUAAUUUUUAUUUUCAUUUUCUUUUUUAUUUUGUUGUUGAUUUUCUUUUGUUCUUUCAUUUAUUUCUCUCACAUGUUGUCUUUUUUUGCCUCUUAGAAGAGUUGCAUAUUCAUUGUGUUUUUUUUUUUUUUUUUUUUUUGCUGUUUACCUGUCCCCUUGUCCCUCGUCCCCAAUCCCACAGUUGCACACCUUUGCCUGUCUUUCAAAGCUGUCCAGGUUGACUUGGCGCCCAGUUUUGGAGGGAAGUUUGAACGGUACAAGGGCAGCUGUUUCAGAUGUCUAAUUGUGAUGCAGCCAACAUGAACGGUUGUCUUGUGUUGCACACCCUUUCCAACACUGCGACACGAUCGCCCCAGGGAGAAAAGCGCCCAUGCUUGAUAUCGUAUGGUUCAUGACCAAUAUGUUUCCAGUACAGGAAAAAUCCCAGAAGAGGCAAAGGCACUCUCGCUUUUGGCUCCUGCAACACCUGUGGCCAGCCUGAUGAGUGGAGGAGGACUUCUGCCAAUUCCUAGCCCUUCUACACUACAGAAUCGGAGCCUCCCUUUAGCUAACCUGGGGGUCCUGAAGUCUAGUUUGGACACUUCUGUGGCGACUCUAAGUGCAGUCUCUGCUCAGCCUCCUCUCAUGGGAAAUGUUGAUCCCUCUAAAGUGGAUGAGAUCAGAAGGACGGUGUAUGUUGGCAAUUUGAAUUCACAGAGCACUACGGCAGAUCAGCUCCUCAAGUUCUUUAAGCAGGUGGGAGAUGUGAAGUUUGUCCGAAUGGCAGGAGAUGAAACCCAACCUACACGUUUUGCUUUUGUGGAGUUUGCUGAUCAGGAUUCAGUGGCACGAGCACUCACUUAUAAUGGAGUAAUGUUUGGUGACAGACCACUGAAGAUUAACCACUCCAAUAAUGCCAUAGUGAAGCCUCCAGAGCUUACACCCCAAGCUGCAGCCAAAGAGCUAGAGGACGUCAUGAAGAAAGUCAGAGAGGCUCAGUCAACCAUUGCUGCUGCUAUCGAGCCAGAAAAUGAACUCCCUUCAUCCAGUAGAUCCAGGCAUUCCAGAAGGUCCAGAUCUCACUCUUGUUCUCCAUCUAACUCAAGAAGAAAGCGAUCCAGGUCUAGACACAGAGGGCAUCCAUCAAAGAGAUCACGGCAGAGAUUUAAUGACUCAUGUGGGUCCCAUAGGAGACAUUCUCGUUCCAGAGAAAGGAGACGCAGCCAGAGUCGAUCUCAUUCCAGGGGCCGAAGGAAGGACAAAGACAGUAAAGGAAGGAAGGACGAUGACUGGGAUGAAAAGAGGCUGCGGGACAAAACAGGAAGAUCGCCUCCAAAAUGCUAUGUUGGUUCCAGACGGUCCCGCAGUACAAGCAGAGGACAUAAGAAAAGAAGCAGAUCUCCAUCCAGGUCACCAAGGCAGAGAGCCAGGUCACCAACACCAACAAAAAGAGGCAAGAGAGAAAAAAAGAGGGAGAAAGGAUGGGACAGUAGCAGGGAAAGAGCUGAGAGCUCAGCAUUCAGAAGAAAAAGCAGGGAUUCUGAAUAUAAAGCAAAACCCUCCCAGAGAGAAAGGGUCUAUGAACAGAUGGAACACGAGUAUGACAGUGAAAUGGACGGCUCGGGCUCAAUGGUUAGCGAUGACAGAUCUCCUCCAGCUCAUCUCAAUGGCAGCUACAGGAGUUCUUACGCCGAGGAGGACAAUCUCUUUGCAGCUGAGUGAUCACCGUCUACCAGUAAUGCCAAGAACUGUGUAUCAUACUGUAACAACUGACACUCCUUUUAAAGUGCUUCUUCUGUGUUCGUUGUGUGAUUGUAGGUUUCUUAAAACGUUUUCUGCUGCUGUGAAUAUGCUCCUGUCAUAUGAUAUUC